CCCUUGUUCGCGGCAGCGCGUAGUGCGACUCCUCCGGGGAUUGCUGGUAGCAAGCAACAAAUUGACCGUUCUGUGUCGGUGUGCCUCUAGCGCGCGGGUUGAAAUGGACCGAAUAUCACCUUUUCUCCGGCUUCCGUCGCAGUCGUCUUCAUCGUAAUCGUCGAGAGUUGACUAAUUGUAGUGUUUUGAGUGGAAAAAUUUAGCCUUUUUUCCAGAGCGUCAACGAGAGGGGUGCAGUGCAGUGGGGGACAACAUAUAUCAACACACUCGUUGGCGGCGUUCGUUACCCUUUAAUUAUACGCACUCGGUCAUCCUAAAAACUGCUCCGCCUCGUAAAAGCCUUACCAGUUCAGUACACGCGGUGGUAAGUCAAAGAAUAGCAGAGGAAAAUUAAAAGUGUGUGUGGAAAAGAAAUGUGAGAAAGCAAACAAAAGGUUGGAGCUGAGGAAAUCAACCGUGAACCGCUUGUGCUGCAGUGCUGCAGAGCUCUGUGUAGGGUGUUAAAGUCGCUCAAGCGUGACAUAGAGACUCGGAGCGCAGGUUUGAUUCAGUAGUGGAGUAGCCGGAGAGUAGCCUUGAUCCCGUGGGAAGAAGCGCUCGUCAGUCAUCUUCGUAGCGGCGCAGGUGACGCGUGUGUGUGCUGCUGCUGGUGCUAAUCUCGAAUCCUCGAAAAAACGUCGCCAAACGAAUCGAAUUUUGUUUGUCAAGAGAAGUUGAUCGAAGCUUAAUUACGUCGCUGGCUCUAGUGUCCAGAUGGCGGAUAGACCAAACGUUGGCAGUGGGAAGAUAUAGUGUGAUUUUGUACACGAAAAACCAGUUUGGCCUGUCGUGAUUGCAGUGUACAGCUAAGAAGAGGUUUAUCCACUCUCCAAAUCUUGAGUUUGUCUGACUGAGCGCAGCGUGCGGUUUUCGGUUGUCCAGCGUACGGUUCAGCUGGCUGCAAUGAUAACGCCUUGAAACUGGAGAACCCUUGUGGUAGUCAAGUGACAGCUCGAUUCUGGCGCAACGUCCGUCAAUGGUAGCUAGAGGGUGUGUAAAGUGGAUUCGUUCGUGAAUUAUCCGUACAGAAGGUUCGACUCCUUUGGGAUUCGAGAAUGCCAAGUAGCAGCAAACUUUUACAAGUCGAACAACAACACUACUUUGCUAAUUGGUAAGAAAGUGAAAAGAAUUAUUGAUCGCAGCCGGAGGCUGGUGCCAACCAGCGGGCGAAAACAAGUUACAAAUCAGGUUUCGAGUUUGGCUUGUCAGUGUUGUGCAGUUUCUUUUUUUUUGCAUCAGUCCGUGCUGCGCGGAAGGUGAUCCGGUUUUUUGGGGUUCGAUCUGUUGUUUCACGUGGUGUGUGUAUGUGUAAAGUGUCUGCGAGGCCCGAAAUAGCCUUUAAAUGAUUCCGUGCGUGAGCUUGACCGAAACCAGUGUCCUUGGGAAUAUGAAAGAGCGCGUUAAAGAGAUGCGCGUUUUCGGUUGCAGACUUAACUUCUGGAACAAUGUUACCGCUAACUUUAGCAACAAAGGUAACGGAAGUUCACCCGCCCAAAACUCGACCCGCAGCACCAGUCCGAACACGCAGAGCCUUCCCAACGGUCAUCUGCAGGUAUCACAUCUCAUCACCGGCUCCGUAUCGGAACGAACGCUUCUUCAGCAGGGCAACCAGUCACCGUCGUCCCAACUGCAGCAGCAGCAAUCGCCAUCGCAGAUACCACUCCAGGCGGUACCCCAGCAGCAGCAACAACAGCAGCAGCAGACGUCCCAUUCCCCUUCGCUGCAGCAUCAGCAACAGCAGCAACUCCAGCAUCAACAGUCUUCCCAGUCACACCUCCUCAACAGCAGCUCCAGUAGUUUAGGCAACAUAACGCCCACCUUCGUCCAGCCGCAGUCCCCCACGCACUCAUUCAAAACGGCGUCCAUCAACGGUGCAGGUCAUCAUACGAACGGAGGCGAUUUAAAUAUGCCUGGUGGUCCGACAGUCGCUCCCGGAACACCGAAUUCGAAGGCAAAGGAUGUAUCGCCAAGGGUCAAGAUUGUCGUUGCCCUGUACCCUUUCAAGGCUAUCGAGAGUGGCGAUUUGUCAUUAGAGAAGAAUGCCGAGUAUGAAGUGAUCGAUGAUUCCCAGGAACAUUGGUGGAAGGUCAAAGAUCAACACGGUACUAUCGGAUACAUUCCAAGCAACUAUGUCAAGGAGAAGGAACUGCUCGGUCUCCAAAAGUACGACUGGUACGUGGGCGACAUGUCCCGGCAGCGGGCAGAAUCGCUGCUCAAACAGAACGACAAGGAAGGCUGUUUCGUGGUCAGAAAGUCGUCCACCAAAGGCCUGUAUACGCUAUCGCUACAUACCAAAGUACCCCAAUCCCAUGUAAAGCACUAUCACAUUAAACAGAACGCUCGUCAGGAGUUUUACCUCUCAGAAAAACACUGCUGUGAAACGAUACCGGAUUUGAUCAACUACCAUCGACACAACUCCGGCGGUCUGGCAUGUCGGCUGAAGACGUCCCCGUGCGAUCGACCAGUGCCACCGACUGCCGGUUUAUCGCAUGACAAAUGGGAAAUCCAUCCUUCAGAGCUGAUGAUUUUGGAGGAACUCGGUUCCGGCCAGUUCGGUGUUGUGCGGCGAGCCAAAUGGCGUGGUUCGAUUGACACAGCCGUUAAAAUGAUGAAAGUAGGAACCAUGUCCGAGGACGAUUUCAUCGAGGAAGCAAAAGUUAUGACGAAACUGCAACAUCCAAAUCUAGUACAACUUUACGGUGUUUGUUCCAAACAUCGACCGAUCUACAUCAUCACUGAGUACAUGAAACAUGGUUCCCUACUUAACUAUCUGCGAAGGCAUGAACAAACGUUGAUCGGUAAUAUGGGAAUGCUGCUUGAUAUGUGCAUACAGGUGUGCAAGGGUAUGUCCUACCUCGAGCGGCACAAUUACAUUCACCGAGAUCUCGCAGCCCGCAACUGUUUGGUCGGUUCGGAGAACACCGUCAAAGUGGCCGAUUUUGGGCUGGCCCGAUACGUGCUCGAUGAUCAGUACACCAGUUCCGGUGGUACCAAGUUCCCGAUCAAAUGGGCGCCACCGGAGGUGCUUAACUAUACCCGGUUUUCGUCCAAGAGUGAUGUUUGGGCUUACGGCGUGCUCAUGUGGGAAGUAUUCACGUGCGGAAAAAUGCCCUAUGGCCGUCUAAAGAAUACGGAGGUCGUAGAACGUGUCCAGCGAGGAAUCAUACUAGAGAAACCAAAAGCAUGUGCAAAAGAAAUUUAUGAUGUGAUGAAAAAGUGUUGGUCCCACAGCCCAGAGGACAGGCCCGGAUUCCGAAUACUGAAGGAUCAGCUUGCUGCGGUUGCUCAAGGUCUUACCGACUAAGGUGGAGAACAUUGCACGUUUUUCGAAAUCCUCUAGCGCGGUCGUCACGGAUCUGCACUACUGUGCGACAAUUUACCAACGUAGUGGCUAGAUGCUUUUCCUUUUCAAGUAUCUCUACUAUCCAUCAUCUAAAACACUUAAAUAACUCCCGUGGCAGUUUUUUUCAGCUGUUCACUAAUAUUACGCUGGAAAACAAAACCAUGGAUAGUAUUUUAUUACCUUUUGAAAUAUUGUGCUUACGGAAAAAAUGAAAAUCUUCAUAUCUCAAUUUAAAGUAUAAAACAAACACAAAUUAUCUCGAUAAAAAAAACACUAGGAACCAUCUGAAUCGUUGUCUGCCAUCAAAAAGCCAAACAUAAUUGCUCCGACAACUAAGUAUCACUCAUAGGAAAGACACAGUCUCGAACCAGUAUCACACAAAACUAGAAAAAAGAAAAAACAAAAAGCCGACGUAAAACCGUACACUCCAAUAAAUAGACUUAUUUUAAAUAUACAACUAAACCUAAAAUCUGAAAGUACAGUUAUAGAACUAGCCAACGCCUGUUUCUUUCGGUGCUGCCUUGCGAAGACAGAGAAAGGAACAGCUAAUUCCUACCGUGAAACGUAAACUUCUCAUUUUUACCCAAUGCAUUCACCUAGAUUUGUUUUAAUUCUACUAACGUACACAAUACACAAACAACUGACUGAUAAACAAAAAAUAAUGCAUGUUACGAAUUGAAGCACACACACAUACACAAAAGCAAGAUACUGUGAAUCAAAAUCAUUGGUUUUCCAAAUGUACGGCGAUAUUGAAACAAUUGCAUGCUUAACUAAAACGGGGAAGAAACAAUAAUUUUUGUGACUACAGUUUAGAAAUAUAUUGACGGGAUGUUGAUGAGCAACAGUAACGCCCUUUAUGGGCGUGGUGGAGUGCAGUUUAGGACGAUGGAGGUAACCUCUGAUAUAUAUAUGUACGUGAAGGCGCUUCUUGCGACAAGGGACGAACUUUCCAAUUUUAUUAGCGGUAUUUUUUUCGGCUUAAGACAUCAUUAUACUACGGUUUAUUUAACACUAAACUGUUCGGAAGUAGUGUCAUGAUAGGAAGCGAACGCAAGAAAGCAUAAGUGAUAUUUAAUACUUUUAGUUUGUUUUUAAAGACAUUUAUUUAAUUUACCUACGCGUGUGUCUACUCGAAGCAAUCUGUGGAGGAUAGAGAAUAUUGAUGGAGUUUUUUUUCGUCGAGUGUAGUCAUUCUUUUGUUCAAUCAGGCAUUUUGUAACGGCGAGCUUGUUUGUUCUGUAAAGUUAGUGUUAGUUUGCUCAGACUUUAUUUUUUUCCGAGAUGUGGCGUUGUUAGUUUGGUUCAAACAGGUCCGUGGACCAAUUCGAAGCACGUGCGCUUCUUGCGCACUAUGAAAGCAAAGUUGGCAAUAGUAUUUUUUAUCUAAAUUUAUUAUUGCUUACGUCAGAAAUGCUUAUACAAAGUUGAAGCAUCAAUACACAAACACACAAAUAUCCAUGAGAAAUCAAGAAAUGCCAUUUUUACAACACUAGAAUAUAAAUGUUUAAUAACAAAUCUAUAGUGAGGGAGAAAAUAAAACACAAAUCAGAAUAUGAGUAUAAUAAAUAAAAACUACCUAUACGGAUUCAGAAAAAAAAUCAAGCCAAUAAUAUUAGGAUUUGAAGUACAUCUAACAUAUUGCUUGUGUUGGGGCACCAUCAUCUACCGUUAAGGGUGAAUCAACGCAACAGCAAGCAGCAAGAAUAAUUAAUAUGGGAUUAAAGUAACAAAUACCGAGCAAAUACCGUAAAACUCAUAAAGAAUCGUCGAAUACUUUUUCGAAAAAUAUAUAUAUACAUAUAUAUACAUUUUUAUGCAAGAAGCUAACUGCAACUUUAUAAAGUGCUGCGGCCGGCCUGCCCCCCGUGUCGAAGGGCUGGCGAACUAAUUUGCAAAAUGUGCAAAAUAAAACUGCAAUCAAGAAUUUGUUUUCUUCAAAACCGUUUUAAAAUGGGUUGCAGCACGCUGUGACAUUGAUUGGUCAUAAACCGGAAGCAGGAUUAUUAUAGAUGUUUUGUAUUCGAGGUCAAACUAAUAAACCAGUAAUAAAAUCGAUAAAAGAACAAAUAUGUCUUAUAUGAAAAAAUAA